AUCAAGACAACUAAAGUACAAAAAUAGUUAUUUUUGGGCAGUUUAAGUAUACUUCCGCGAACGUGAAAACAGUUCCUGUGGUGUUGUCAGUUCCAAACUUGAAAAAAAAAGUAUACCUCUACUUCUUAAAUAUUACUAGUGAUCAAUAUUUUAACUGAACAAUAUGGAACAUUUAAAUUCUAAAAAAAAAAAUAUUCCUAAAUUCGAUAAAAUAUUAAGAGUAUCACUUGAAAGAUGUGAUGAUCUAUUGAAAUAUUAUAACCAACAAAAAAUCAAUAAAAAAAUUGUUCAAAAAGACUCGGAUAUCACUAUUGAUGAAGACAAUGCUCUCCAAAAAUUCAAACAAGAAAACAAUAAUGUUACGACUAAUCUUAUUCCUCAAAUAGAACAACACAAUAUUUAUGCAAAUAAUGAGCAAGGAGUUAUUCUCUCAAAUUCUUUCAAUUCUAAAGAAAACAAUGACUCCGCUAUCUGUAAUGAUGUAAAGUAUGAAGUUGACUAUAUUGAUGAUAUGGUAUAUUGUAGCACUGUUGAAAUUGAGCCUGUAAGUUCACAGUUAAUAUUAUAUAAUAGCAAGUCUAAAGAGAACAAAUCUUACUAUUGUUCUCACUGUAAAUCCACAUUUUCAACUAUUGAAGAUUUAAAUAAACACCAGGAAAUACCUCAUAACUUUCAAAUAUUUUCUAAACAAUUAUACGUGAAAAGUCAUAAUAAAACACAUGACCAGAAAGAAACUUUUAACUGUGAUUAUUGCAAUAAGGUUUUUAGUGUUAAAUCAAAUUUAACGGUGCAUAUAAGGACGCAUACCGGUACAAAACCAUUUAUAUGUGAUCUAUGUCAUAGAGCUUUUGCCCAAAAACAAAAUUUGAUGUGUCAUAUGAGAACACAUACUGGAUAUAAACCUUAUUCGUGUCCCAUUUGUAAAAUGAAAUUUUCUCAUACGUCAUUAUUAGAGUACCAUAAAUGGAAACACACUGGUAUUAAACCAUUUAAAUGUGAAAUUUGUGAUAGACAUUUUUCUCGAAAAUCAUGUUUAGUUUAUCACCAAAAACACUCCCAUACAGGUGAAAAAGUGUUUGAAUGUCAUCAUUGUGGAAAAACUUUUUAUCGAAAACCUUUUUUGAAGAAUCAUAUGCAAGUCCACAAUACCUUACAAUUAGAAGAAUGCCAUAUAUGUGAUAAAAAGUAUUCUCACAAAUCAAGUUUAAAUAGACAUAUGUUGAUCCACUCUGGUGAAAAAAUGUUUGAAUGUGCAAUGUGUAAAAAAGCCUUUUAUCGUAAAUUCAAUUUACGUGCUCAUUUAAAAGUUCAUAUGACAAAAAGACCUUAUGAAUGCAAUCUUUGCAAAUCAACAUUCCCUACAGCAUCAGAACUAGAAAUUCAUACAAAAUCUCACACUGUUGAUCGACCAUUUCAUUGCCAGCUUUGCGACUCGAGUUUUACAUUAGAAUCACUUUUUACAAUUCAUAUGAGAUCUCAUACUGGAGAUAGGCCAUAUCAGUGCCCUCAUUGUUUAGUGACAUAUGAUCAAAAGAAAAGUUAUUCUUACCACUUAAAAACUCAUAGAGAUCAUAAAUUGUACAAAUGUGAUUUGUGUAAAGCAACAUUUUUUCAAAAAAAUAAAUUAAUUGAUCAUAUCAGAUUACAUACUGGUGCAAAACCUUUUAAAUGCCCAGUUUGUGAUAAGAGAUUCACACAAAAAGAUUUUUUACAAUCACAUAUGAGAACUCACAAUAUUGAAGAAAAAUAUAAAUGUGAUAUAUGUGGAAUUUAUCUUACUCAAAAAUCAAAUUUGAUUAAACACAUUAAAACACAUCCCCCAUUCAAAACAAAUUAUAAGUGUAAAUUAUGUAAAGCAAAAUUUGUGCAUAAAUCCUCUUAUGUAUGCCACAUGAAAAUUCAUUCUGAAAAAAUUGUUUAUAAAUGUAGUGUUUGUGGUAUUUCAUUUCUAAUAAAAAAGAACAUGCUAAAGCAUGAAAAGAUACAUAAAAUUGAAAAGGCACUACUGAAAUGUAAUGUCUGUAACCAAUCUUUUCCUACAAAACUAGCACGUGUAAAUCAUGAAAGAAAAAAUCACACAGAUGAAGUAUUUCAAUGUUUUAUUUGUUAUAAAUUGUUUUAUCAAAAAAUACAAAUAACUCAUCAUAUCAAAUUGCAUAUGAAGAAUAUGUCAUCUGAAUGUCUACAUUGUAAAAAACCAUUGCUAAACAAACCUAUUUCAGUGAAGGAAUUAAGAGCCAUAACUGGAAGUAAAAUAAAUGUAUGUGAUUUGUGUUUUAUCAUCUUCUAAUCCAUUUGAAACACUAUUCGCUGAUGUAUAAAUUGAGAUAAAUUGUUACAUUAAUGUAAAUUUUUUAUAUUCUUUUAUCUGUAUAUUUUUUUAGUACUUACAUUUUUAUAAUUUAGUAUAUUCAAUCACAAUUUUUCUAAUUAAUUUAUUAUCAAUUGUUUUCAAUAAUUGUUUAUAAAUGGCUUAUAAUGGUGCGUUAUCAGACUACUGAGCACAUUAUAAUCAAGUUAAUUUAUUCAUUGUUUUUAAUUUUAAUUAACAGCAAUACGGAAGAUUAAAAAUUAUAUUACUAAGUUAUCAUUGUUCAUGGUCAACAAUAAAACCAAUUCUUGAUAAAUUUUGCUUUUAUAUUAAAGUUAAAUUAUAUUUAGCCAUCAGAAUACUUAUACAAUUAAAUUAAUUAAUAUUAAUAAUUAAGACUGAGAUUUUAAUGCAUGGAAAAUUAUCUAAAAUGUUUAGUAUGUAAAAAACUGCAAGUUUAAAUAAUUAAUAUCGCCAACUUAAACAAUUUUUGACUUUUCAACUUGCAUUUUAAAACAAAAAUAAUUAUAUUGCUUAAGAAUCCAACUUUUAAUAAAUAAUGAAGAUCCAAAUUGUGUCGUUUUUACAUUAUAAUAUUUAUUAUCCUUAUUUUAAUUUUCAAAUGGUUUUACUACUAAGAACAUUAGUUUUAUGGUGUUAAACAUAUAUACUGGGAUAGAAGUAUUUUCAAAUAAAACAUGAAAAUGAAAGCUAGGAAUAAUAAACUAAAACAAUGAUUGUAACACAUUAAGAAGAAUAUUACACAAUAAUAGGUAAGAUUAUUCUAUUGAAGCAACAAGCAGAACAGUUUAAAAUAUGACAAAAUAAAACCCUGAUUGUUGUGUAUUAAUUAAAUACUAUUUGAAAAUAACACAAUCCAAUUUUUGGGAAACAAUAAAAAAAUAAUUUUUAUUAAUUAUUAUGUAAGAAGUUGUCUAAGCCAUAAGUGUUGUGGCCCAAACAUAAUGAUAUUUAGAAUGGAACCAUUCCCUGUGUAUCAUUAAAUAAGCCAAUUAUUUAAUUGAUCAAUCACCUAAAGACUUCUUUUGAAUACACCAUUUGCAUACUAUAUGAAAAUUUUUCUUUUGAAAUAUAUUGUUGAAAUAUUUUAAAUAUUCUUAACAAGAUGGGAAAUAUAUUUAAAAUCGUGCAAUAGUCAUCUUUAGAGGUUUCUCCAGGGCUUUAACAUAUGAUUCAAGAAAUAAAGCAAAGUUUAUUCAAAGCGAUAAUAAAACAAACAUUGUUGUGCAUGGAUCCUUUUAGUACUUGCUUUACAAGUCAGCUGCAAAACAUACACAAAUUAGUUCACCUCCAGAGCUCUGGAGAUAGCAGUGAAGAAAGAAACUAUUCCAAUAAUCAAAAAAUAAAACAAAUUGAUGAAUUAAGAGCACUUGCUAAUCUAACUAAGCAAGGAAUUCACGAUAAUUUUCAUCCUCAGAUGAUUAAUUCUAGUGAUAGAAGAUAAAUUAUUAAAACUAGAAUUUUUUUUUUGUUAUUUAAAAUAGAUCUCAGAACUUUUAUUGCAAUAUUAAAACUUUUAGUUCAGUUAAUAAACAUUUAUCUUUAUAAAAGAUUAACUAAUAUGAAUUAGCAACUUAAAAAUGUAGAUUACAUAUGAUUUAAUUUAACUGUAUACAAAUUUUACUUUUAUAUAGUAAGUUAAUUCUACUGAUUACUUUAAUGUACAGGAAUUCUUAAAGCUUGAGCAUUUUUUUUAUUGUAAUAACAGCAUUUAUAGUACUGUUGUCACUAUAGAUUUCUUAAAUUAAUCUUCUUCUGAUUAUAGUAAACCAUUGUAGUGCAGCAAAGAAAAUUCUGAGGCCAUUCACUUGUUAAUACUGCACUACUUUAAUUGCUCUGCAGAGACUACAAUUUAUAAUUUUAAUGAUUUUCAAGUUGAGAGGUUGGUGUAAGAAAACUGGACCUCUCUAACAUACCUAAUUAGUUCAAUUUUCAAGAAUGGAUUUAAAGAAGUCACUUGAGCAUUAGGUAUUUUACACAUUGACACAUUGUCAUAUUGAUAGUUGUUGAAAUAUUAGGUUUGUCAUGAAUCAAAUAACUGACAAUGAGUACACAGUUUUUUAUUACAUAACUUCUCCUUAAUCUUAAUAGUCAUUGUCUUUAUUUCAUAACUGACAGUAGUGUUAAAUGUGUUAAUGUGAAAAAAUUGCAAUCAAUUUUAUAAUUUUUACAUUAUAAUAUUUUACUUGUUUUAGACAAUAGUUUGAGUUCUGUGCAUUAAAUUAUUUCAUUAGAAAAAUUAUUUGAUUAAACUAUACUACUUACA